UCUCACAAUUGUGUGAUUAUAUUCGACGAAAACAGCAAUAUCAAUUUAGUUGCAUAAAAUAAUUAUUGACAUUCAGUGGUUUCUCUACUCUAUAAUAGCCUACAUCAGUAACACUAACAACUCAUAUCCAACGUAGAAGUAUAAAUUCAUAAGUGUAAAAACCAAGCAGCAUUCAAUGUUGGACAUUCUGAAAAUCGUUUUCGUUAAUUCGUUGCUAAUUAUCAGCCCUGUUGUGUCGGAGUUGUGUAUCGAUCCUCUUGGUAUUGAAAAUGGGACUAUUCCCCCGGAACAGCUGUCUGCAUCCAGUGAAAAUAGUUUUCGAGCUGCGGUAACUCGUGGACGACUCAAUACUAAAGCAUAUGAUUGGAUGGCAGGGUCAUGGACGUCAAAAGGCAAUGACCAAUACCAGUGGAUCCAAGUUGACCUCGGUAAACUAUAUGAGGUACAUGGGGUAAUUACACAAGGCCGUAACAAAUACAUCGCACCAGACGGAAAAAUCCGGAAUCAAUGGGUGACGUCUUACGAGAUUCUUUACAGUGUCGAUGGUAACCAUUUCCAACCAAUCAAGAAUUCAGAUUGUCAAGUAACGAAGUUUGUUGGAAAUUCGGAUCAUGACACUAUGGUGACAAACAUACUUUCUGACCAUGUCUACGCCCAGUUCGUCCGUAUUCAUCCAACUGACUGGUAUAUUCGUAUAAGUUUACGAUUUGAGGUUCUUGGAUGCUGCUCAGCAGACAAAAUGGCUGAACACUCAACUUAUUACAAGUCUUUAAAUUUUCAUCGUUCAAUAACGACUCAAAACUCGACAGGAAGCUGCAUUCGAUGUGCUGUGAAGUGUAUGAGGGCACCAGAAUGCAAGUAUUUCAAAUGCGAUGGAGGAUGCCACCUUUACACCUGCAGUAACGAAGACAAUGUCGUUGCUUUUCUGUUUGGCUCAUAUAUUCCUUUCCACUAAAUCCUUUCACUUUGAAAUUUUUUUUUGCUAAGGUCUCGAAAGUAUAAACGUACGUGUACUUAUUGGACAUGCGCAAGAUUCUUGCCUUGUCCUGAUUGGUCAGUUGCUAAGUUUGAUCACUCUUGAAAUAGGGCUAAUGAAAACUGUGUAUGCUGUAAUUUUAUUGCAAAUGUGUUCACUUUGUUUAAUGGAACCCAUAAUGUAAUUUUAAUCUUAGCAAUAUGAAUAUUAUUCAACAUUUUAACAGUGGUAAUUGAACUAAUUUUUGAUUUUUUAGAUUUCGUAUAUUUUGGUAAAAGUACUUUUGAAUACAGAAAAAAAAGUUUAAACGUGAUUAUUUUGCAUAGGACAAUUCCCUUUUACCGUACGCAAACACGUGGUUUUUUUUGGGAAAACACGUAUGUUUGUGAAAUGCGGGCUUACUUCUAGCCCAGGUAUUAUUAGCGAGUUGGUAAGUUUUAUUGUUGUACAAGAUCGAAAGGAAGAUUUAUAACGACAAUGUAGAAUAAAAGCUAAUGCAUAAUUUGUAAACAAAAAAUACUUAAAUGCCAAUGUUGCAACAAUUUUGCUUGAUAUGUGAGUUUAUAUACGAUCGGGCUUGGCCUGAGCUAGGCGAACCAGAUUUAGGUUGUCUUCUACUGGACCACAAUUUAAUUUAUAAAUUUAACUUUUUAAAUUAUUUUUGGGUGAAUUUUAAAUUUCAUUAUUACUAUUAUUAUUACGAUUAUUAUUAUUAUUAUUAUUAUUAUUAUGAUUAUUAUUAUUAUUAUAAUUAGUAUUAUUAUUCUUACAGCAAACCUCUAAGGGAUUAUGAACUGUGUUAUUUACGGAUGGAAUAGUACAUAUUUUACAAAAUCCCUCAGAGUCGUAAAAAGUCUCUUCUUUUAUGUCAAUUAAGCGUUGACAAAGAUUACAGGAGUAGCCGAAAUAUUCGCCUAAUAAAUUUUAUUGUUUCUAAAGUCAA